CUCUCUAUUUCCGGGUCGCGCUCUUCUGGCUGGAAGCAAGAUGGCGGCGCUGUGCUUGUGGAGGAGGCUUUGGCAGGGAUCAUCUUUUCCUGUCAACUAUGCAAGCAGAGUUAUGCAAAAGCAAAGUUUUCUUCCAAACUUUGACUUGGUGGGAGGACGAUUCUCUGGAUCCCAUGUUCAUACAGAGGAGCCUAAGACUAAUCCUCUGGUGUCUAUUUCAGAUGAACCAGAAAUACUGUACCGGAGACUGUCCCUUUUAGUUAAAGGCCACGAUAAAGCUGUAUUGGACAGCUACGAGUAUUUUGCAGUGCUUGCAGCUAAAGAACUUGGCAUAACUGUUGAAAAAGUACAUAGACCUCCAAAGAAUAUAGAACGACUUACGCUUUUAAAAUCUGUACACAUUUACAAGAAGCACAGAGUUCAGUAUGAAAUGAGAACACAUUACACCUGUUUGGAGUUAAAACACCUAACGGGCAGUACUGCUGCAGUGUACUUAGAGUAUGUUGAACGAAACUUACCUGAAGGGGUUGCCAUGGAAGUAAAAAAGACUAAGAUAGAGAAAAUACCUGAACACAUCCAGGAGCCAGUUUGGGAUACUCUACCUCAAGUAGAAGAAACAGAAGUCAAAUCAUGAAUUCACCAGGUACUUGGGUGUUAGUACUGGAACUAGUUGCUCCUAUCAACUAAUUUACUAAGACAAUCUACUGAUAAAUAAAAGUCCUGUUUUAUAAAAUAA